AUGCCGCCGCCACCCCAUAUCAAGCCUGAAAAUGUCCUCAAGAGGGCUCAGGAACUCAUCGCCGUGGGUCAGGCCCCCGCCGCCCUCAACGUCCUUCACGAACAUGUCACCUCCAAGAGAACGCGCAGCACUCCCAUCGUCUCGCUCGAGCCCGUCAUGCUCCUCUUCGUCGAGCUGUGUGUCGAUCUCCGCAAGGGCAAGUCCGCCAAGGAUGGUCUUUACCAGUACAAGAACAUCGCCCAGAACACCAACGUCGGCACCAUCGAGGUGGUCCUGAAGAAGUUCAUCGAGCUCGCCGAGAAGAAGGUCACCGAGGCUCAGGCCAAGGCCGACGAGAUCCAGUCUUCCCUGGAAUCCGCUGCUCCCUCCUCGAACGUCGACGAUCUGGAGGCUAUCGAAACCCCCGAGACCAUUCUGCUGGCCACCGUCUCCGGGGAACAGUCCCGCGACCGUACCGACCGCGCCGUUGUCACCCCGUGGCUCAAGUUCCUCUGGGAAACCUACCGCACCGUGCUGGAGAUCCUCAAGAACAACGCUCGUCUGGAGGUGAUGUACCAAACCACCGCCCUGCAGGCCUUCCAGUUCUGUCUCAAGUACACCCGCAAGACCGAGUUCCGCCGUCUGUGUGAGCUUCUCCGCAACCAUGUCCAGAACGCCGCCAAGUACUCUGCUCAGAUGCACGCCAUCAACCUCAGCGAUCCCGACACCCUCCAGCGUCACUUGGAUACUCGCUUCCAGCAGCUGAACGUUGCUGUUGAGCUUGAGCUCUGGCAGGAGGCUUUCCGCAGCAUUGAGGACAUCCACACUCUGCUGAGCCUGUCCAAGCGUCCCGCCAAGAACGUCAUGAUGGCCAACUACUACGAGAAGCUGGCCCGCAUUUUCCUCGUCAGCGAGAACUACCUCUUCCACGCCGCCGCCUGGAGCCGCUACUACAACCUGCUCCGCCAGUCCGCCGCGGCUCUUGCCGCUGGUCAGAGCACGAAGAAGGAGAACCCCUCCGUCAGCGAGGCUGACAUGACCAAGACUGCUUCUUUCGUCCUUCUGUCGGCCCUCUCCAUCCCUGUCAUCAGCACCUCCCGCUCCCGCGGUGCGCUCGUUGACGUCGAUGAGGCCCGCAAGAACAAGAACACCCGCCUCACCAACCUGCUCGGUAUGGCUCAGGCUCCCUCUCGUGCCAUUCUCUUUAAGGAUGCCUUGAACAAGGGUCUGCUGAAGCGCGUUCGCCCCGAGAUCCGCGACUUGUACAACAUCCUGGAGGUUGACUUCCACCCUCUGUCCAUCUGCAAGAAGAUCACCCCCAUCCUCAAGCAGAUUGGUGCCGACCCCGAGAUGGAGAAGUACGUCCUGCCCCUGCAGCAGGUCAUCCUCACCCGUCUCUUCCAGCAGCUGUCUCAGGUCUACGAGUCCGUCGAGCUCAAGUUCGUCUACGAGCUGGCUCAGUUCCCCGACCCCUUCCAGAUCACCCCCUCGAUGAUCGAGAAGUUCAUCAUGAACGGUUGCAAGAAGGGCGAUCUGGCCAUCCGCGUCGACCACACCGCCGGUGUUCUCACUUUCGACACCGAUGUCUUCUCCUCCGCCAAGGCCCUGCACUCCGGCAGCGCCGCCGGUUCUGCCGAGAGCGAGGUCGGCUCCGUCCAGCGUCUUCAGAACACCCCUGCCGAGAUUGCUCGCCUGCAGCUUACGCGCCUGGCUAAGACCCUCCACGUCACCUGCAUGUACGUCGACCCCUCCUACAGCGAAUCUCGCUUGGAGGCCAAGCGCGCUGCUCUUGCCCGUGCUGCGGCCGGUGCUGCCAAGGAGCACGAAGAGACUCUGGCUCGCCGUGUCAUCAUUGAGAAGAAGAAGGAGGCCGCCACCGAUGCUCUGCAGCGCAAGCAGCGCGAGGAGGAGACCCGCAAGCGCAUCCGCACCCAGCAGCUCCAGGAGGCUGAGAAGCAGCGUCUGGCUGACGAGCAGCGCGAGCGUGAGAAGAAGCGCAUCCAGGAUGAGCAGGAGCGUAUCCGCCAGCAGGAGCUCAAGAAGCAGCUGGAGGAGCUGAAGAGCGGUGUCAAGGGCAUUGACAUCAGCGAGCUCGACCUGACCGAGCUGGACGCCAACCGCCUCCGUGCCAUGAAGCUGGCUCAGCUGGAGAAGGAGAAGAACGAGCUCAACGAUCGUGUCCGCACCACUGCCAAGCGUAUUGAUCACUUGGAGCGUGCGUUCCGUCGUGAGGAACUCAAGCACAUUCCCGAGGACUACGAGGCUCAGAAGAAGCAAGAUAUGGAGAUCUACGAGGCCCAGAAGGCCGAGACUCUCCAGGAGGCCGAAGACAAGCACAAGGAGGCUGUUGCCCUCAAGCACCGUCUCAGCCGCCUGGUGCCCCAGUUCAACAGCUUCCGCAAGGAGGUCUCCGAGAAGCGCCACGAGGAGUUCGAGAAGCGUCGCAAGGCCGCUGAGCGUGAGUUCGAGGCCAAGAAGAAGCAGCGCGUCAAGGAAGUCCAGGAGCGUCGCCGUCGUGAGAAGGCCGAGCGCGAGGAGGAGGAGCGCCGCCGCAAGGAGGAGGAAGAGCGUGUCCAGCGCGAAGAGGAGGAGAGAGUGGCUCGGGAAGAGGAGCGCAGACGCGUUCUGGCUGAGGAGAAGGUCAAGCGUGAGGAGGAGAGAAAGAGACUCGAUGAGAUGGCUGCCAGACAGAAACAGCGUGAAGACGAGGCCGAGGCCCGUCGGUUGGCCCGUAAGACAGGUGCUCCUGAACCCGAGCCGGCUGCUGCUGCUGCUGCUGCUGCCCCUGCUCCUACUGAGCGCACUGCUCCCCGUCUCAACCUGGCUCCUCGCACUGCUGCUGCUGGUGGCGGUGGUGGUUGGAGAGAGCGCCAGGCCGCCAAGGAGGCCGCUGCUAGCAGCGCCGCGCCCGCCGAGUCGGCUCCCGCGCCGCGGGAAGAGGCUCCGGCUCCGCGUCGCACGGGUGGUGGCUACGUGCCUCCUCACCUCCGCUCGGGCGCCAGUGCCACCCCGGCCGCGGCUCCUGCUCCUGCCGCGGCUCCUGCUGCCUCGUCGGAGCGGUGGGUGCCUCGCCAAGCCCGCGACUCCAGCUCUUCCCAGCAGCAGCAGCCUUCUUCCCGCACUCAGACUCCUGCUUCCGAAGAGUCCAAGCCCGCCGCCUCCUCCGCGGGUGGUAAGUGGGUGCCCAAGUGGAAGCAGCAGCAGGGCCAGUAG